AUGCAAACGUUUUCUAUGGUCAGAAAAAUAAAAUUGGGAAAACGAUCAGGAUUAAAAUGCAUGAUUUGUUUUGAUCAAAUUACAGAAGCUAAAAAAUUUUCUCGUAAUGGACAACUGCCGAUGGCUGAUGGUAUACGAUGUGAUGGUAAAAGAGAAUUGAUGAGGGUUGUUGACCAUUUACAUAGUGACUCUCAUGGUGCGGCUUGUAAAGCUGACGAGACUCAGCGCCUCUGGUUAACACAGUCUGAUAAACAUCCUUGGAUUAAAGUUCUUAAAAACCAUGAGUCAGAAAUUAUUAAAAAUUUAAUACAAUGA